AUGCUUAAUUUAGUUUCGCUACUCGUCACAGCGGCGCUGGUGUCGCUUCAAUGUUACGAAGCGAACGCACUGAUCGAAAGACCAAAGAUUAUAAGUAAUAAUAAUCUAGAAUCAAAUGAAAUACCAGUUCCACGCAGGAAAACAAUCCCCAAAUAUGUGAAAAUAAGCCAACCACCACCACAAACGGUGAAACACGAGCCUGGUGCUCCACUAGUACUGCAGUGUGAGGUAGCCGGAAAACCUGCUCCCGUUGUCAAUUGGCUGAAGAAUGGACUUCCUAUUACAGAUUUUGAAGAAGACUCCAAUGAAAUCUUCAGUAGCCAUCCCAUCAGCGUUGCCAGGAUGAUGAGCAAGUUAGUCAUACCGUCACCUUCGAACGGCGAUGUUUACACCUGUGUUGGAACUGCUGGAGUGUAUGAGAAAACCGCUUCGACCACGGUCUUGACUGAUGAAGCUUCUGAAGACAUUCUCUCUAUACUGGAACUGCCUACACCACCAUUGAUCACCGCGUAUUUCAAAGACAUCCUCCAAGUACAGGGUUCGAGUACAACCUUACCGUGUCGCUCAUACAGCACUAGUAAUUCCAAGGUCUACUGGCUGGAUAAUAAUGAAAAUGUCGUUUAUGGAAACCAAAAGUUAAAAGUACUGCCAUCUGGUGAUUUACACAUCAACAAUCUCAAUUUUGACGACAUGGGUGUCUAUACUUGCACAGUUAAGAACAUGUAUGGGAGUGACUCUGCUACAACCUUCCUCUACCCACACUUACCUUAG